UCAUACUCUUCUGAAGAGGUAACGUUUAUGCGUGAUUUUGUAACAACAAUACAAAACGAAUUGGGAUGGAAAGGAAAAUUUAGGCCAACGACAGAAACGACAUCUUCCCUAAAUUUUGAGAAGGACUACGAAGGCAAAGAAAAAUAUGAAGGUAGGGAAGCUGGAAAUAUAGAAAAGUGA